CAAUCUUUUGGUUGAUGACCUCUGUAUCCCUCCUCCCUCUUUCUUCACAAAAUGUCUAAGCCUAAAUAUCUUCACCAAAAUAUCUUCUCACCCAUCCCCUCUUACUGGAAAAAGAUUGUAGAGAGAGAGGAAGAGCAGAGAGAGAGAGAAAGCGAUGAGGGAGGUGAUAAGCAUUCACAUAGGACAGGCUGGGAUUCAGGUGGGUAACUCCUGCUGGGAGCUCUACUGCCUUGAACAUGGCAUUCAGCCCGAUGGGAUGAUGCCUAGUGACACCUCAUUUGGUGUUGGACACGAUGCCUUUAAUACCUUCUUCAGUGAAACCAGUGCUGGAAAGCAUGUGCCUCGGGCAAUAUUCCUUGAUCUGGAACCAACCGUGGUUGAUGAAGUUAGGACUGGGACCUACAGACAACUUUUUCACCCAGAGCAACUUAUUUCUGGCAAAGAGGAUGCCGCCAAUAACUUUGCGAGAGGACAUUAUACAGUGGGGAAGGAUGUCAUUGAGAUAUGUCUUGACCGAGUGAGAAAAUUAGCAGACAACUGCACUGGUUUGCAAGGGUUUUUGGUGUUUAACGCCGUUGGUGGUGGCACUGGUUCUGGAUUGGGGUCAUUGCUUUUGGAGCGCUUGUCUGUAGAAUAUGGAAAGAAGUCAAAGCUUGGUUUCACCAUCUAUCCUUCACCUCAGGUUUCAACUGCGGUUGUGGAGCCUUACAACAGCGUAUUGUCCACUCAUUCCCUCCUUGAACACACAGACGUUGCUGUGCUCCUAGACAAUGAAGCUAUAUAUGAUAUCUGCAGGAGAUCCUUAGACAUUGAGAGGCCAACUUACACCAACUUAAAUCGCUUGAUUUCUCAAGUUAUCUCCUCGUUGACCACUUCCCUCAGGUUUGACGGAGCCAUCAAUGUGGACGUUACAGAGUUCCAAACUAACCUGGUGCCAUAUCCUCGCAUUCAUUUCAUGCUCUCAUCUUAUGCACCAGUGAUAUCAGCUGUAAAAGCAUAUCACGAGCAGAUAUCCAUACCAGAAAUCACCAAUGCCGUAUUUGAUCCCUCAAACAUGAUGGCCAAAUGUGACCCAAGGCAUGGGAAGUACAUGGCAUGUUGUUUAAUGUAUCGUGGAGAUGUAGUGCCCAAGGAUGUCAAUGCUGCUGUUGGCGCCAUUAAGUCUAAACGGACUGUUCAGUUUGUUGACUGGUGCCCCACUGGUUUCAAGUGUGGCAUCAACUACCAGCCACCAACAGUGGUACCUGGGGGCGAUCUUGCAAAGGUGCAGCGUGCAGUUUGCAUGAUAAGCAACAACACAGCGGUGGCAGAGGUUUUCUCCCGAAUUGACCAUAAAUUCGAUCUGAUGUAUGCCAAGAGAGCAUUUGUCCACUGGUAUGUUGGUGAAGGCAUGGAGGAAGGCGAGUUCUCAGAAGCACGGGAGGAUCUCGCUGCUCUUGAGAAAGACUAUGAGGAAGUUGCAGCGGAAGGCGUCGAGGAGGAAGAUGAAGGAGAAGACUACUGAAAUUUUGUCGGGAAAGAUGGAACAGAACUUUAUUAAUGCCUUAAGUAUAUCUUUCUCUUUUCAAUGUUUUUCUCGUUGCAUUUGCAGUUUGACUAGCAUUUCUUGUUUUUCUUUUUGCUUUUGUUGUUUGAAUUGUUGGCUUUGAGUUCAUCAUAUUCUGUGAUGGAGCGUUUGGACAGGACACAAAAAUCGGAUCAUUUUUCCUGUCGAGUUGGAACUUGAUUUUCGCGGAAUAUCUUUCUUCCGGUUAAACGAAACAGUUGUCUUGAUAUUCAACUGUCUUCUACUUGUCUC